AAUUUUAGAGGGUGCAUCAAGACGGUCCAUAAUUUUAGAGGGUGCCUUGGGACUGUCCAUAACCUUAAAGGAUGCCUCGGGACUGUCCAUAAUUUUAGAGGGUUCAUCAAGACUGUCCAUAAUUUUAGAGGGUGCCUCGGGACUGUCCAUAAUUUUAGAGGGUGCAUCAAGACUGUCCAUAAUUUUAGAGGGUGCCUCGGGACUGUCCUGUCCAUAAUUUUAGAGGGUGCAUCAAGACUGUCCAUAAUUUUAGAGGAUGCCUCGGGACUGUCCAUAAUUUUAGAGGGUGCCUCGGGACUGUCC